CCCCCUACCACCGCGAUCACGAGGAGCGCCUCACACGACUGAGACUCCCUCUCUUUGCUUCAGGAGUGCAAAAUCGCAGGUCGCUACUCUGUCUAUACCUGCGUCCAACGCGACAUCAGCCUUUGCAUACCUGAUGGACGCUCUGAUCGCCCAGAACGAGGAGGUUGCCUCCGAAGUGGAGGUCCUCAAAUCCAUCUACGGCGACGAAUGCAUCAAGCCGUGGACAGGCGAGGGUGCUGCCGCCAGCACAUCAAGUGCGAUCGACGGGGGAAAGGCAGGCGCGACGAUCCGGUACCAAGUUGCGCUCCCGCUGCUGGCUCCUCAUGAGGAUGUCACUGUUGAUCUGCUUGUCUCGUUGCCUCCUGAUUAUCCGGAGGUUGCGCCACCGCAGCUGCAAUUGCUGUCGAGGUAUAUUGGACCAUUUAAAGCCGACUCUGAUCUAUUCGGUCGCAUCCUGCGCACAUACAUAUCCGUGUCAGGCGUCGACUUCAUACCCGGCCUGGUCUGCGUCUUCGACGGCGUCCAGCACAUCCUCGAACACCUCACUCAAUGGUAUGAAGAACAUCUCAGCGCGGAGAAAGCUGGCGAUCUCCAACGCGAGCUGGAGAAGGAGGCUCAUGCUGAGCAAGUUCAUGCUUCCGAGAACGACGCGUCGCGACAUGCACCUCGAGCCAUCCUUCCAUCGCGUGAACCACCCCCUCCUUUACCAGAAGGCACGGAGAUCUUCGAAGCCGAGCCGAUUGUGGACCGGAAAAGCGUGUUCAUCGGCAGGGCCGUGCGCAUCACACAUCCAUCUCAGGUUCCCGUCAUCAUAGCAAACUUAUUGGAGGACCGAAAAACAGCAAGGGCUGCACAUCCUACCAUCCAUGCAUGGCGAUGUCAAGUCGGCACCGUGUUGCAUCAAGACAAUGACGAUGACGGCGAGACUGCAGCAGGAGGGCGCUUAGCACACUUGCUCCAAAUCAUGGAGAUCAACAACGUUCUCGUCGUUGUCACUAGUCUCGCGCGACUCGCUCGCCUCGCGGGAUCCUCUGCCUCUCGCCUGUCCGUACCCGCGACAUUGCGCAUGGCGUCCACGAAGGCUGCAGCCGCGGAUCCGUCGCUGGUGAAGACGCAGGGUUUGAUCAAUGGGAAGUGGUUGGACGCGCAGGAUGGGCAGACGAUUUCGGUGACGAACCCGGCGACGUUCGAGGAGUUGGCGACUGUGCCGGAUAUGGGAGCGAAGGAGACUGAGGAGGCGAUCAAGGCUGCGGAAGCUGCCUUUCCGGCCUGGAGCAAGACGACGGCGAAGUACCGCCAUGAUCUCCUUAUGAAGCUGUUUGCGCUCAUGAAGGAGCACACCGACGACCUGGGCCGCAUGAUUACCCUCGAAAAUGGAAAGACCCUUACUGAGGCCAAGGGUGAAGUUACAUACUCGGCAUCCUUCCUUGAGUGGUUCGCCGAAGAGGCCGUGCGCACGUACGGUCAGACUAUCCCAUGCGCGGCACCGGGCACGCGUAACAUCACCAUCCGGCAACCUGUUGGUGCCUCUGUCCUCACCCCAUGGAACUUUCCCUCGGCUAUGAUCACUCGGAAACUUGGUGCUGCUCUCGCAGCUGGUUGCACAACUGUCAUCAAGCCGGCCCACGAAACCCCGUUCUCUGCCCUGGCGCUCGGUGAGCUCGCGAACCGCGCAGGCAUUCCCGACGGCGUCAUCAACAUUGUCACUACGCAAAGCAACGUCUCGGAUGUUGGCAAACUGAUGUGCGAGAGCCCUGCUGUUAGGAAGGUCACUUUCACCGGUUCGACGAACGUCGCGAAGCUCUUGUACGGCAUGUCUGCCUCGACAUUGAAGAAGAUCUCGCUGGAGGCUGGCGGAAACGCGCCCUUCAUCGUCUUCGACGACGCCGACAUCGAUGCUGCCGUGGAGGGAGCGAUCGCAUCGAAGUUCCGUGGCAGCGGUCAGACUUGCGUCUGCGCGAACCGCAUUUAUGUCCAGUCUUCCGUAUACGCUGACUUUGCGUCCCGCCUCGCCGCGAGGAUCGCGCAGUUCAAGCCCGGUAACGGUCUCGAAGAGGGAGUAACCCACGGCCCCCUCAUCCACCAGCGCGCCGUCGAGAAAGUCAAGGAGCACGUUGAGGACGCGAUCGCGAAGGGCGCCCAAGUUAUGGUCGGCGGCCGUGCCGUUGAGAACACGAACAUCUUCUGGCCCACGCUCCUCUCCGACGUCCCCGUGAACGCGAAGUUGAACAGCGAGGAGACCUUCGGCCCGCUCGCCGCGCUCACGCAGUUCGAGACCGAGGAUGAGGUCGUGAAGCUCGCGAACAACGUCCCCGUCGGCCUCGCCGGCUACUUCUUCUCGCGCGACGUGGGCAGGAUCUGGCGCGUGGCGGAGAAGUUGGAGGUUGGUAUGGUUGGCGUGAACACGGGGUUAAUCUCGCAGUCGUGCGCGCCGUUUGGUGGCAUCAAGGAGAGCGGGCUCGGCCGUGAGGGAGGGAGCGAAGGCAUCCAUGAGUACAUGAACACCAAGCUCAUCGUCCUGGGCGGUUUGGAUGCCUAA